AUGGAGUUUUCUUCUAGCAGUGGAUUGUCUACUAUUCCAGUAUACCAGCUUUCUGGAAUCAUCGGGUCAGUGGGUAGCGGUAUCUCAAUUUGGAAGACCCUCUUGACGCUUCUUAUCGCGGCUAUUGCCUAUGACCAGCUAAAAUACAUCCAGCAGAAGGGUUCAAUUGCUGGCCCAUCAUGGAAGAUCCCCUUCAUGGGACCGUUUCUGGAGUCAAUGGAUCCAAGAUUCGAGGGAUAUAUGGCCAAGUGGAGGAGUGGGGAGUUGAGUUGCGUGUCUAUUUUCCACAAAUUUGUCGUCAUCGCUUCGACACGCGAGAUGUCAUCCAAGAUCUUCAACUCCCCUUCGUUCGUGAAGCCCUGUGUGGUUGACUCCGCACACAAGCUUCUAGGGAAGGACAAUUGGGUGUUUUUAGAUGGAAAAGACCAUGCUGAGUUUCGCAAAGGCUUGAAUCUCCUCUUCACACGCUCUGCCCUGGCUAGCUAUCUCCCGUGUCAAGAAGCGGUAUUUGAUGCCUACUUUGAGCGUUUUAUCGCACGUUCGACAGCUAACAAGUACAAACCACUUCCUUGGAUGCCUGAAUUCCGCAAGCUCAUGUGUACUGUCUCCUGUCGCACAUUUGCGGGGCAGUAUAUCUCCGAACGCGCACUAGACAAGAUCGCCCAUGACUACUAUCUCAUCACUGCUGCUCUUGAACUGGUCAACUUCCCGAUUAUCCUUCCAUUCACAAAGGGCUGGUACGGUAAAAAGGCAGCCGAUCUAGUCCUUCGAGAAUUCACCCAAUGUGCUGCCAAAAGUAGAUUACACAUGGCAGAGGGUGGUGAGAUCACCUGUAUUAUGGAUGCCUGGAUUAAAGCCCAGCAAAACUCCGCAACAUACAGGCGGAACAUGGCAGCAGGGGUUCCAUGUGAGAAGCCGGCUCAGCUGCUUCGUGAAUUCACCGACUACGAGAUUGCACAGACUAUCUUUACCCUCUUGUUUGCAUCGCAAGACGCCAACAGUGCUGCCGCUACCUGGCUCUUCCAGCUUAUGGCUGAUCGCCCAGAGAUCCUAAACCGACUCCGCGAAGAGAAUUUAACGGCCCGCAACGGAGAUCGUGAAGGGCGGUUGUCCAUGGACCUGUUGGAGAGACUACCAUAUACGCGCGCAGUAGUCCGAGAGACCCUGCGCUACCGCCCUCCAGUGAUCCUGGUCCCGUACAUUGCAAAGAAGGACUUCCCCAUUACCGAGACUUAUACGGUUGGAAAGGGAUCAAUGGUCCUCCCGUCCAUUUGGCCUGCCACUCACGACCCCGAAGUCUACCCGAAUCCCGAUUCAUUUGAUCCGGAUAGGUGGAUCACUGGAACAGCUGAACAGCAUCUGAAGAACUUCCUGGUGUUUGGAACAGGACCGCAUUAUUGUUUGGGACAGACUUAUGCCCAGAUGAAUCUAAUGGCCAUGAUCGGGAAGGCGAGCCUGGCGCUGGACUGGGAGCACCAUAAUACGCCGGAGUCGGAAGAUAUAAAGGUUUUCGCUACAAUAUUUCCAAAGGAUGACUGCCAUCUAACCUUCCGUCGCCGAACUUAG